AUGAAUGGCGACCUGAGUCUGUCGCAGACGCUCGGCGGACUGCGCAUCGCCAACCCAGACGAGGACGACUCGCCGCCGCCCACACAGCACAGCAACCACGACGACACGACGUCACCCCCAUCACCGCCCUCGCCGACGCGCGCCUCGUCGUCGAAUACCGUGACCCAGGACCGCCCCGAUCUCCACCCCACGUAUUCCAACUCGCACUAUUCCUACACAGAAGACAACGCCUCGCUCCACCCCAGAGACAAUGUCUACCAGAGCUCCCCCUCUGGCUCCCCGGCUGCCUUCCCCUCCCCCCUGGCUGAGACUUCGUCGAUAUCAUCUCACUCGCCGCGCCUCUCCCACCGCCAGUCCAUGCCCCUGCAACACCAGCCCCAGCACCAGCAGCCCUCGUAUCCCCCGUAUGCUGCUGCCCCAUUGCUCCAACAGCAGCGCAGUCAGGCCCCGACGUCGCAGCCCGCAGGCAUGCGAGAGCGCCCAAUCUCUACGAGCAUGUACCAGCACCCCAACCUCUCGACCUCUUCCACCGCUGCCCCUGGCACCUACAGAUACAACGACGAUGCAAUUCAGGGAGACAUGCGCCGGACCGCCAGUUCGCGUGUCGCGCCCGGAGCCAUGCCAGUGAGGGAGGCUAGCAGACGCGACCCCUACCGUCAGUCCGCCCAGAUGGCCGCCAUGAACGGCCCCCUUCCGCCCCGGAGGAGCUCACGGCGGAUACCCAUGGAUGCCGGAGUAGCCAAUCUAUCGAGCUCACCCUACAGCAUCGAAGGCGGCCCGCUAUCGAGCAGCGAGGAGUGGAAAGAAAAGGGCGCGGCUGUAAGCACCCGCCAGGAUCUGGAUCAGAACGGGCGGCCCAUAACGCGCGUGGUGAAGAAAGGCGUCAAGGACUUCAACUUUGGCAGAACACUGGGCGAGGGCUCCUAUAGUACAGUACUGGCCGCUACCGACCGCCAGACACUGCGCGAGUACGCGAUCAAGGUGCUCGACAAGCGCCACAUCAUCAAGGAGAAGAAGGUCAAAUACGUAAACAUCGAGAAAGACACUCUGAACCGACUGACGGAACAUCCCGGCAUUGUCCGACUCUACUACACCUUCCAAGACGAGCGCUCGCUAUACUUUGUGCUGGAUCUGGCGGCGGGCGGAGAACUCCUAGGCUUCCUUAAGAAGAUGGGCACCUUCGACGUCGAGUGCACACGCUUCUACGGUGCGCAAAUACUCGACGCCAUCGACUACAUGCACAACAAAGGUGUCAUACAUCGAGAUUUGAAACCAGAGAACGUCCUGCUCGACGAUGCCAUGCACGUCAAAAUUACUGAUUUUGGAACAGCAAAGAUACUCGAGCAAAAGUCAAAUGGCCUUGGAUCGACAUCGGGCGAUCCAUUGGAAGGGGCACAGUCGGAUCGCGCGCAAUCUUUCGUCGGAACAGCCGAGUACGUCUCGCCAGAACUACUCACAGACAAGAACGCAUGCAAAGCCAGCGACCUGUGGGCAUUCGGAUGCAUUAUCUACCAGCUGCUCGCAGGACGGCCACCGUUCAAGGCUGCGAACGAGUAUAUGACAUUCCAGAAGAUUGUGGGCCUGGAGUACACAUUUCCAGAUGGUUUCCCUCCACUUGCAAAGGACCUGGUUGAGCGACUCUUGGUCCUAGAUCCGUUAACACGACUGCCCAUGGAGCAUAUCAAGAACCACCCCUUCUUUGAAGGGAUGCAAUGGGGCAAGGGCCUAUGGAAACAAAAGGCCCCACGGUUGAAAGCCUACAGCCCGCCCGCGCAGGAGCCCAUCAAGCUGAAUGGUAGGAAUUCAGGCACUGUUAUGGAAACGUCAAUAACACAACCAGGUCCUUCGACACCCGCAGCAGCAGCACCCAACCAACCCCAAGCACGACCGAAGCCGCGCCUUAUCACCGAACUACCCCCUCCCUCCCAACUCGACAUUGAUUGGUCGCCGGUGCUCACAAAGCGAGACGAGCGGAUAUUGAAGCUUGGAAACAUGUUUGUCACACAACACGCCCCUGGACACCCUGUUGGCGGAAAGGAAGAGCCGGUGGAGCAACCUAAGAAGUUCUCGCGCUUCUUCGGCGGCAACACGGUCAAGAAGCGACAACGACUUGUAAUGAUAACGUCCAAUGCACGCGUACUGAUGUGCGCAGCAGGCACGAAUGACAAGAAGUUGAAGGAAGAAAUAUCGCUGCUCUCAGCGGGUUGCGCGUGGAGGUCAUUCCAAGAUUCCAAGGGCCUAACGUUCUGGCUCGUAGAGACGAAAGAGAAGCAGUACGUCUUCGAAGACCCCAAAAGUACUACGAGCGACCCCGAUGGCAGCAAGUACUCCAGCCAAGAAUGGCUCGACAGCAUCGAACAAGCACGAGACUACGCCUUUGCGCAAAGCAUGACCAACUCGUACUCUGCCGACGUAGGUUUGAACGAGCUCGUUUCAAAUCACACUACCCCGACCAGUACGUUGGGAGGAGACUCCGCCCUCGAGGGCGUCAACAUCCCCGCCUCGCGGCAUGGCCACCUCCGCAAAGAUCAAGGCGAUACUGACUCGAUCAAGGGUAGGAAGCGCUUUAGCAAACGUCAUUCGAAGAACGGAUUGGCCAACUUUUGA